GCUCCUUCUCUCCGCCGCUAACGGAAUGAACCCGCGAAGCUGAUAGAAUGGUCAACCUUGUUAGGUUCAGCUCCUUCGUCCCCUACCCCGUCGCUAAGGACACCCGCGGUUGGCUCCUCGACCCUAUCUUGUUAGCUCGAGCUUCUGGCAUUUUAGGUGGAGCUCUCACUUGUGCUUCGGUUCAUAUAGGAGAGAUUCGGCCUGGCAGGUUGAGAGGGAAUCAUAGGCAUCAUGAUUGCAACGAGACAUUUGUCCUUUGGGGUGCCCUAACCAAAUUUAGGGAUGUAUGGUGUGGCCCUAGAAUUGGAUUAGCAUUAGAUCAUGCUUCUGCUUCUGUGGAUUGUGUGGUGGCAAGGAAGAAUGCUUCUUCAAGAAAGAACCUUGAUGCUAUUGAGAGAGCAACACAUAGGGAAGAGGUGCUGUGGCAAUUGCAGUUGCAAAUCCAACUGAUCUUGUGA